AUGGUUUGUGAAACCCUCUCCGAUUCGGAUGAAUUCGUUGUCCCCGGAUUGCCGCAUAGAAUUGAGAUGAGAAAAUCUCAAUUGCCUAUGAUAUUCAAGCCUAGUUCAAACCAAAAUUUGAAUGUUAUACGUGAGAGGAUAAGAGCAUGUGAAAAGAAAGCAUAUGGGAUAGUAGUGAAUAGUUUUGAAGAGUUGGAAAGUGGUUAUGUUGAAGAGUAUCAAAGGGUUACGGGAAAUAAGGUAUGGUGUGUUGGUCCUGUUUCGUUAACAAAUAAAGAUGAUUUAGAAAAAGCUGAAAGAGGUAGAAAAAAUUCAAUUGAUGAUGCAAAUCAAUAUGUGAAGUGGCUUGAUUCAUGGCCUGAAAAUUCUGUAAUUUAUGCUUGUCUUGGUAGUCUUAAUCGUGUAACACCAAAACAAUUGAUAGAAUUUGGUUUGGGAUUAGAAGCUACCAAUAGACCGUUUAUUUGGGUGGUGAGAAAAGCAUAUAUGUGGGGUGAAGUAGAAAAAUGGCUUUUAGAAGAUGGAUUUGAAGAAAGGGUGAAAGGGAGAGGAAUUUUGGUUAAGGGUUGGGUCCCACAAGUUUUGAUAUUGUCACAUAAAGCAAUAGGUGCAUUUUUGACACAUUGUGGUUGGAAUUCAACAUUGGAAGGUAUUUGUGGUGGGGUGCCAUUAGUAACAUAUCCUAUGUUUGCUGAUCAAUUUUUCAAUGAGAAGUUGGUUGUACAAGUGAUUGAGAGUGGAGUUAGGGUUGGAGCUGAAAUUGCUGUGAAUUAUGGUGAUGAAGAAGAGUUUGGUGAUGGUGUUCAAGUGACUAGGGAUAAUGUUAAAGAGGCUAUUGAGAAGGUGAUGGGUGAUGGUGAAGGGAAAAGUGAGAGGAGAGAAAGGGCUAGGAAGUAUGCUGACAUGGCAAAGAAAGCAAUUGAAAAAGGUGGAUCUUCUUACAUCAACAUGUUGAAGUUGAUUGAAGACAUAAUGCAUGUUAAGUUAAAUAGGUAA